GAUUUCCACAGGGCCGAGUUUGGGAACCACUGCAGACAGAGCGCAUAAAGCUCGAUCAGUACAGCAAGCGUUUAUGACUUUUAUUUUGACACGUUUUGUUUUCCCGGAAGGAUCGCUUUUCGGUUGCCCAUGUUGCUUGUGUCGCGCUCUCCAUUCCGUCUGGUUCAGUUGGAUUAAGCGUUUCCCGGAGAACAGAAGAAGUUUAAAAAGGUUGUGGCCUGCAUGUGAGGGGUCAGUGAUUAUUUUCCUCCCCAUUUCAUCACUCUGGAAUAGCGCAGGUCCUGUAAGAGAAGAAGAAAGGUGACAUUACCAGCUGUGCAGUAUGGCUGAGGCGUGCCCAUCUGUCCAAGAACCUCUAAGUGUGGGAUACAAAUGUGAAGAGGGGGUCUCUAAACAAAUGCAUGAUGAUGAAGAAGCAAGGAUUCCAUUACUGCAGAAUGACCUUCCUUCCAUGUAUACCAUGGAUAAAAGAAGUCUGAGCAUUAAGGAAGAGGACUGUGAAUGGGAGUCUGCACAGAUCCAGCAGGAGGGUUGCAGCAUUAAAGAGGAGGAUUGUGAAACGGUGGCUCUUGAUAUUAAAAAAGACACGGAGUCUACACCUCGGAUCACCAACAUGCAGAACAAUAAACUAAAAAAUGGUGUGAAGGAAGAAGACUUGAAAUCGGAGUCUGACUGUCUGGGUUUUUAUCCUGGAUUGGACUUCACACCCAGUAGUAACAACUCCCUACGGCAUCGUUGUGACCCUGUGAAGUCCGAGUCUUUGGAAUCUGAUGUGAAGAGGCCUGCAGUAGCAUCGGGUUCGAGUGAUUCUGGAGCAGAUUUACAAGACAGUGGUUUCUCCUUACCUUUGUUCACUCAGACCUCUGAUGAGACAAUGAGGAAAACAUCUGGAUCAGAAAAUAGAACAGCAGCCCCCUUGAAGGGUACUUCUGCGCCUAUGGUGAGACUGAAAAAGACAGAUGCAAUCAACACUCACCUACUGGUACAUAAUAUGGUACCACAAACAUCACUUGUCUGUCAAGAAGAGACAGGGAAGAAACAUUUUCUAUACAAAGAGAAGGGAAAUUCUGCAGCAAAUAAGCCAUACUGUUUCAAAUGUGGCAAAAAAUUCUCCAGCAAAAGUAGUCUUAACAAACACACAAGAAUUCACACUGGAGAGAAGCCACAUCUCUGUUCUGAAUGUGGCAAACGAUUCUUCACCAGAUGGCAACUUGAGACUCACACAAGAUUUCAUACCGGAGAGAAGCCGUAUAGUUGUCCACAAUGUAAUAAACGAUUCACUAAUCGUAGCUCUCUUCAGAUGCACAGAAUAUUUCACACCGGAGAAAAGCCACAUCGCUGUUCUCAGUGUGACAAACGAUUUGUCACCAUUUCUCAUCUUCGGAUUCACACAAGAAUUCACACUGGAGAAAAGCCAUAUGGCUGUUCUGAAUGUGGCAAACAGUUCUUGUGUAAGAGUGGUCUUGAAACCCAUACAAGAAUUCACACUGGAGAGAAGCCAUAUCAGUGUUCUGAAUGUGACAAACGAUUUUACACCCGUACCCAUCUUAAGAUUCACAUGAGAAUUCACACUGGAGAGAAGCCAUAUCAGUGUUCUGAAUGUGACAAGCGAUUCACCACCAGCAGCUCCCUUCGGAUGCACUCAAGACUUCACACGGGAGAGAAGGUAUAUUACUGUUAUGAAUGUGACAAACAAUUCACCACCAGUACCUAUCUUCGAAUGCACACCAGACUUCACACUGGAGAGAAGCCAUUUCACUGUUCUGAAUGUGGCAAACAAUUCACCACCAGCAGCUCUCUUCGGAUGCACGUGAGACUUCAUACUGGGGAGAAGCCAUAUCACUGUUCUGAAUGUGGCAAACGAUUCACAACUAGCAGCUCUCUUCAGAUGCAUACAAGACUUCACACUGGGGAGAAGCCAUAUCAGUGUUCUGAAUGUGACAAACGAUUCACCACCAGCAGCUCUCUUCGGAUUCAUACAAAGCUUCACACUGGAGAAAAGUUAUAUCACUGUUCUGAAUGUGACAAACAAUUCACCACCAAUACGUAUCUCCAGAUGCACAAAAGACUUCACACUGGAGAAAAGCCAUAUCAGUGUUCUGAAUGUGACAAACAAUUCACCACUAGUGCCUGGCUUCGGAAGCACACCAGACUUCACACUGGAGAGAAGCUGUAUCACUGUCCUGAAUGUGACAGGCAAUUCAUCGCCAGUUGGCAACUGGAGAUUCACGCAAGACUUCACACGGGGGAGAAGCCAUAUUGCUGUUCUGAAUGUGGCAAACGAUUCAACUAUAAGGGGAGUCUUAUGAGACACACAAGAAUUCAUUUGGGAGAAAAGCUGUUUCACUGUUCUGAAUGUGGCAAACAAUUCUCAAGUAGUAGCUAUCUUAAGAUACACAAAACAAUUCACACUGGAGAGAAGCCAUAUUGCUGCUCUGAAUGUGGCAAGCGAUUUGCCACUAGAAAGUAUCUUAAGACACACACAACGAUACACACUGGAGAGAAGCCCCGAGGGAAGGGGUACGACUGUUCUGAAUGUGGCAAGCAGUUGUCUACCAAGCGCAGUCUAAUCAGACACACUAGAAUUCACACUGGAGAAAAGCCUUUUUGCUGCUCACAGUGUGAGAAGCAGUUCUCUACCAAAAGCAGUCUUGCAAGACACAUUCGAUUUCACAACAGAGCCCCCUUCUCCUGUGCCGAAUGUGACAAGCAAUUCUCUACAAAGAACAGUCUUAUGAGACACGCUAAAUUUCACAGUGGAGUAAAACCCUUUAGCUGUUCAGAGUGUGACAAGCAAUACUGUACUCAGAGAAGUCUUUUGAGACAUGCUAGAAUUCACACUGGAGAAGAUCAUAAGGCAAAGGAAGGUCAAGCAAUCUGUUGAUCAUCCCUGGCCUCUGAGUGUCUUUUCUGUCCACCUUUGGGAGAGUCAAUGAACACGAUGAAUCUGUAGUGAUGUCACUGGUGUGAGCGUGGCACACACAGCACGCCUUCACAUAUUCAAGAAGUAACAGUGCAGUUGUCACUACAAGUGGACAGUUGAGUAACCUUUUGACUUGAGGAUGAAAUCUGUAAACCUAGUGGUCAGGGUGCCUAUAGUUUUGAGCAGAAGAGGGAGAAAGUGACUGUUCAGGAUGGCUGCGGUCUUCAUUUUUUAUUUUUUUAUGUGCAUCCAUUUGAGCUGACCAGAAGAUAGCUGUGGACCAGUGAUAUUCUGUGUCAGCUUCAUCACCCUCAUCAUGUGGGGUACCACAUGAAGAUUUAAUGCAGCCUUUGAGGAUGGACUGCAAAUUACAUUCCUAGAAGACAGAGUGCUUAGAUGAAGUCAUCCAGACUCUCCUCAGAUGGAAAUUGAUGAGUCAUCUUGCUGAUAUCCUGAAGUGGGCACAACACAUUGUGGUUGUCCAUGAUAUUGACUCCAAGGCAAUUAAAUCUGCCAACCCACCCUACAGCAUCUCUCUUGUGAUACAAAUAAGUAUGCAAUUUGAUGUCCAUGCAGAGAAAUGAACCUGGGACAAGAGCCUUGUGUCUUCUCAGAAUAUGCCAUUUUUGUUUUGUUUGACAAUGCACAGUGUGGUAAAUGGCUCUUACAGCUCUUACAAAGGCACCAUAUUUGAACACGCACAAGUAUCUGCAUCAGAAAGAAACAAUGUUGCUGUCCUGUGUGUGGUAAAUAAUGCUUAAGAGCCGUACCAGAAAGGUCAUUAAUAAUAUAAAAAGGCAUUGCAUCCCAAGGUUGAAAGGUGAUUUUUAGAAUGAUAAACUACAUGUGGAGAUCAAUCAUUACCGGACUGAGGGCUCUCUUCAUGCUCUCUCAGCACCAAACAUACUUAAAAAGGAGUAUUUCUGGGGUACUGUAGUUUAAAGCACAAGGAGGCCGGUUUCGCCACCGACAUUUGACUGAAAGCAUGAGCCUGAAAAGGCCAGACAACCUGCCUGUGCUGCAGAGAUAUGGCUACCAUUGUAACGUUUACUGAUCUCGUGGAGUGUCUGUAAUAUUAUAAAUAUGAAGAAUUAAAAACAGGAGGAGUCACAAAUGUUCAGUGUCACAGACAGAGGGAUGGUAAAAUGAUAGGAACUGCAAUACAAAGUAAUGAAAUGUGACGAGAGAUAAUCAACUUGUGAACACAACAAGCAGAUAAUCAAGACAUACAUUCAGAGAAGUGCGAGUAAAACCAACACAAGGAUGAACAGCAGAAGAUGCCACAUAAUUAAGAAAUGGCUACUGAGUUCCAUCAGGAUGUACACACAUGUAGAUGAGCAGAAUUAUGGAGCUGAUUUUUAAGCACAGAAUGAAAAAAAUGAAAAGUCAUAUUGAUUAUUACAGCUGUAAAUUCAAAGAGCAUAGUAGUAGCAUUAUGAUUGUGAAAUGUUUACCUCAAAUUCUUACAUUCCUUUUCCUUAUGGAAUUUUGAUAUUUUUUCAUUUAUUAAUUCUACUGUUUUUCAUUUUUUGUUAUUACUUUUGUAUGAGUUAAUCUUCUACCAUUCAAUAAAGUUUUUAAAGUAAUCGGGUUCUAUUUAGGCAA